ACAUCUUUAUUGAGAUUUUGCUGUCUUUUGUUUUGUUUUGAUUUUUAUUUUCAUCAACCACUCCCUCUUUGUCCUUUGUCUACGGCUUUAGACCUGAGCGAAUUAUGGUUUUCAAGGAAACUGAUACAACUCCACCUAGCGAUGAAGAGGAUAAUCCGUCUAUGUCUGAGCAAGGGCCACAAAAUGAACCCAACCCAACAUAUAGCGUAGAAAGUCAAGAAAUCCUUCGUAUAUUAUUGGAGAUUGGCAAAAAGCUAUAUAUACAAAUGAAAAUGUUAUUCCAUUUUGUAAUGACCGACCUCGGUGGCUAUCAACUAAUUGAUCGAAUCGUUCAAUGGUCGGUACAAAAUCCACAAAUGGCAUUAUGUGUCUUGGCUGCCGGUUUGGUAGCAUCACUGCCAAUUUUGAUAUUUAUUUGUGUUGGACUUUCAACGCUCUUCGUUACGCUGACGGGAUUUUUGGUCUUGGAAGGAACCUUGCUGACAAUCUUUUCCAUGAUGUUAUGCGGUCUCUUGGGCGCUUUGGUAAUUGUUGUGCUAUUCUUCUUAGUUGUGGGCUUGUUUGCCUAUUUUGGCUUUGCUCAAAUCUAUGAUUUAUAUGGGAAUGUUGAAAGUCACAAAUCGGCCUUAUUACGUUUUCUACAAAAUGAAAAACAAACAUUGCCACAAAAAUCAAAAAGAUCACAAACUACCAAUGCAACUUCGGGCCACGAAGAUAUUGUAAAUUAGAUAGGUAUACCUGCGAAUGAUAUGUUGGAAAAUAGAAAAUAGCUGUUAUUACUUAACGAAAAGUUUGUUUACAUAUACAAUCUCUACGCGGGUUAAUUCUGAUAUCAGGGUAGUCGGAUAGAGAUUUUAUAUGUAAACGUACUUUUAACAUCACAUCGGAAAUACGAAUUCCUGACCAUAAAAGACACAAAUCUCACUAGAUAAGCUUAAUAAAUUAAUAUUUAUCGGAAGUUAUUUACUUUGCAUAAUUAUUCAUUGACGAAUAUACAAUGAAUUUAAUAAAGCCAUAAACAUAAUAUUGACAUUUUUAGAGGAAUUAUCUGCAAAAAUAUCUGUAGGAAACAAUGGAAAACUUCGUUUAUAACUAGAGUGGAAAUUGAAAACAAAAUAUAACUGAAACAGCAAAAACUAGAA